AUGGAGGUUUGUCCUGCAAGCUCUUUGGAGUUAACCAUAUCUGUACCUGGCUUCUCAUCAUCUCCAUCUCUUCUGUCCUCCGGAGAAGGCAGUGGUCUAAUGAGAGACUUGGACAUAAACCAAGUACCCAAUGGAGGCCCUUCCAGAAAGAAACUCCGUCUCACUAAGGAACAGUCUCGUUUCCUUGAAAAAAGCUUCAAACAAAACCACACCUUGAACCCUAAAGAGAAGGAGGCUUUGGCGAUACAAUUGAGACUAAAGCCAAGGCAAGUUGAGGUCUGGUUUCAAAACCGUAGAGCAAGGGGCAAGCUGAAGCACACAGAAAUGGAAUGCCAGUACUUAAAGAGAUGGUAUGGUUCACUAACUGAACAAAGCAGGAGGCUACAAAAGGAGUUAGAAGAGCUAAGGGCCAUGAAAGUAGGCCCGCCCACCUUGAUAUCUCCGCACAGUCGAGUGGCCCUUCCGGCAUCCACCCUCACCAUGUGCCCCCGGUGUGAGCGCGUUACCACCACCAUCCCAGACAAGGGCCCAUCGAAAACCACCACCACCACCACCCCCGCAACCAACCCCGCCACCUUGUCUGCCAAAGUGCCCAUCCUUCCCUCCCGACACACUUCAACAACAUAUUAG